UAAACACGCAAGACUGGCUCAGGAAGCUAUUAGGAAACGUUGGAAACAAGCUGAAAGUUCUGAACCAUCAGAUGCUAAACCUGAUAAGUAUAAUGAAUGUUUUAGUACUUUUUGGAUAGAAGGUGAGGAAAACUGCUUGGAUAGUGAUGAAAUUAUGGAUCAAUUGCAAGCAUUGCAACCUAAUGUGCUAGAACAACUAGUUGAAAAUGCAAAAAGUCAGAUGUAUGGACUACAAACUCACGUUGAUCAAUAUAUAAGAGAGCUGCACAAUCGAUAUUGUGCAACAAGAGAGCAUAUUGGCAAAAGACAGUUUCAGGUUCUAAAAAGAUCAUUGAUAUGUUUCUAA